CUUUACUCCUGCUGCUGGCUCGCUGUUUCCUCCAACGUCCAGUUGAGCCCUUCCCCCCACCGACCGCCCUUCGAAUAGUGAAAGCUAAUUGGUCAAUGUGUGUCAUCAGCAGCGACUCCAGCCGCGGCGGGACCGGCGUGGCAUAAGUUAUACAGACUCGGAUUGAAUAGUUGGUGUGACAGUUGGUGUGAUAGUAAUUUCGUUCUGAGUCGACUCGGAUUGGAAGGUUUGGGCUAGAGACAUGGCGAGGGUUAAGCGUCGCUUUUAGCCACGUCGCCUCGUGAUCCUUUCAGGGUUGAUCCGCCAUCGUUGUCAGCUACCGUAGCGCGCCGCCGUGGUAGGUGACUUGAGUCGACUCAAACGUCGUCUUAUUCCUUCCAAGCAAAAGUCUAGGAGUCGAAAGACUCGCCUUUUUCUCGACUGUCACCUCGCAUGUGUGACGCCGUCGGAAGCAGCUUCGCAGCUUCCUGCAGGCCCUCACUCCUAGCCAGCUGACCUGGUUACCGUCCAAUCCCUAAUUUCGUUCGGCAUCCUCAUGUCAUGCGAAAUGAGGGUCAUUAGGUCAUGUGUGACGUGUUUCAGAAAACUUCCUCGUCAAUGCUUACGACGCGCGGAUAGUCACACUUUUUAGACAGUCAUCACUCGUUGUAGUUCUCUCUCGCUAUAGUCACCACCUCUGGCCUGCUGCGCGCGCCAUGGCGGCGUCAGGACCGGCGCUGACGGCGGUGAGCGAGGACGACGAGAACCGUCUAUUCUACGACGACCCCGAUCUCGCCGUCGACGAUUACAUCCCCAAAGACCGCCAUGACAUGGAGCUAAUGCGGGAGCGGCUGUCCAAGCUGCUGCUGGGAGACGACCCCUCGGGAGGCGCCAAGGGGUGCGGGCCUGCUCUGGCCAUGGCCAACGCCAUCACCAGCGUCUCAGCGUCUGUGUUCGGCGACAGCUUGCGGCUGCGGCCACUGAUGGAGGAGGACAAGAGCAAGUGGCGGAGAGAGAUGGGCAUCAUGGUGUCGGUGUGUCGGCACAUCGUUGAGCUGGCUCCUGGCUGGCAGACACGUCCUGAUGGGACAAGAUUCGAGGUGAUGAAGCGGCGAGUGAGGGAGGACCUUCGGAUCAACCUGCCAGCACUGAACAAGCUGGACAACCUGCUGCAGAGCAUUCUAGAGCAGAGCACGUCAACGGAGUAUUACUAUGAAGAUGAGGUGGUGGGAGGGCAGGAGCCGAGGGAGGAAGACGAGGAGGAAGAGGAGGAGGAGAGGGAGGAGGAUGAUGGUGACGUGGAAGUUGAUGAUGACGACAUGGAUCAUGAUAUUGUCGAUCAGGAUUUCGAUCUGAAUGCUGACGUGGCAGGAGGGUCAGAAGAGGAAGGCUUGGGGUCGGAAGGGGGGGGGAUAGGGCCUGAAGGCGGCUUGGGGUCCGAGGGGGGAUCAGCAGGAGGCGGCAAAGCCAGAAAGGCCAGUUCUCUAGAAGGAGGGGGGAGAAGGGGAGGGAGUGGGUUUAGCGGAGGGAGUGCAAGCAGCGGGAGCGGGGAGCAGAGGGAGGUUGACUUUCCCUGUGGCCCCGACCCUGCUCAGCUGCCCCUGCAGCAGGAGCAGCAGGGGGAGCAGGGGGAGCAGGGGGAGCAGGGGGGGCAGCAGGGGCAGAAGAAUGAGCAGAAGCAGGAGCACAAGGAGCAGCAGCACGGGCAGCAGGAGGAACAGCAGGAGGAGCAUGAAGAAAUGGAGCAGCACUUGAGAAGGAGCAUCACGGCCCCAACGGAGAGACGGGAGUGCGGAGAUUUUGCUGAGGUGGACAGGGAGUAUGCGGCUAGGCUGCGAGGCAGAGGGGGAGGGGGAGGAAGUGGGAGGGAGGGAGCAGGGGGGAGCGGGCGGUUGCGUGCCUCUGCUUCUGUUAGUCAUGCUCCCUAUGCUCCGUCUAGUGCCACUGCUGCUGCUGCUGCUGCUGCUCCUGCCUCUUCGGAUGCUGCUACUGCUACUGAUGCGGGUACCGAAGCUGGUGCUGCCAAGGCUGCUGCUCCUGCUGCUAUUGAUGCUGCUGCUCCUGCUGCUGCUGAUGCUGCCGAUGCUGCUGAUGCUGCCGCUGCUACUGCCGACGCUAGCAGUGGCAAGGACACAGAUUCAACCCACGACGCCGCUGGCACCACUGCUGCUGAUCCUGCUGGUUCUGAUGCCCUCGGCUCUACCCUACCACUACCAAGGUCGGGAUCAGGUUCGGGAUCAGGUUUGGGAUCAGGUUCGGGAUCAGGGUCAGGAUCAGGGUCGGGAUCAGGGUCGGGAUCAGGAUCGGGAUCAGGUUCGGGAUCAGGGCCAUUACAGCAGGAGAAAGGGGGGCAGGAGGGGGAGCAGAAGAAGGGGGAGGGCCGGCAGGCACAGCAGCAGGAGAGCGGAGGGGAGGGGGCGAACUCUGGUGGCUCUAGCCCCUCUAUAAGCACCUCCUGGGGCUUCGCCCGCUCCUACACCACCUCGUCUACAGUCACGUCCGUUACUGCCACCUCAGGAAACAAUAACAGUAGUAAUAAUAACAACAACAAUGCUAGCAGCAGCGGUGGUGGUAAUGGUGGCGGUGGCAGCAGCGGUGGUGUGAAGGAGUUGAUUAGGAGGAGAACGACAGGCAGAACAGGUAGCUACGACCUGGGGGCGUUUGUGAGAGGGCGGUCGAAGGAAACAGCAGCAGCGAAGGCAGAUAGUGAGUGCGUUUGCAGCAGUGGCAGCGGUGGGGGGGGGGGAGCGCAGCACAGUCGCAAGGAGCAUCUGUCACAGGAGCAGCAGGAGGAGGAGGAGCAGGAGGGGGGGUGGCGUGGCGGUGGAAGGUGAAGCCGCGGAUGAGGGUGGAGCUGUCAGAGGAGCUGCGGCGGUGGCUGGAGCAGCAGGCGGACAAGACGAGCCAGAUCAUGAAGGCAUGCAUGUUCAUCAACCAGCAGGUGCUGGCCGACAUGGACGUGCCCGAUGCCUUCCUGCAACGCCUGCCCAAGAGCCUGAGGACAAUACUGAGCGACAGGGUGUACAAUCUGCUGCUCUCAACGCCUUAUAGCGAGGAUAAAGUGCUCAGUGCGAUCGAUAUGAGCAAUCAACGGGCAGCACUGAAGCUAGCUUGCAAGCUGGAGGCAGCGCAGCAGAUAUGGAUAAGACAACUGCAAGCAGC